AUGUAGUUUUGAUAUCAGGCGGGGCGCUGUAUUUGGAUCUAUAGUGCUCCACCUGUGAGAGUAAAACUGAAAGGCUUGUUUUCUGCUCACAGACUUCAAUUCUGAUUGCUUUAGACCCGGACAGGACACGAGGGAAAGAAAAAAAUCACCAUGCUUUUUAAAGCCUCAGAUUCUGUUCUGACACUUUUGCUGUACAUUAGAAUUAAAAAUUACCAAGAAGCCCUCUUUUUCUGUACAUUGCAUCCAUAUUCAAAUGCUAUUAGACUUGAAAUUUACCAUAAAGACAGACUGAACAAACAAGCAACUAUUAAUAAACUAUAAAAAGAGUUAAAAUGAGCAAAACUUAUAUAAACGAACACGCACACACACUAUUGAUCAGUGUUAACACAAAUCACUGCUUCUUUACUGCACCACGGCACACUUAUGAAUAAACUGUGUGCCCUGCCGUGUCCUGAGAUUUGACGUUUAUGAUGAAGACCAUUCAGUCAGAACAUCUUCAUCACCUUGUUAGCUAAUCUCACACAAAUGCUGAUUUGCUUAUGCGAAUUGGAAGAGCUUUGAUUUGCAUUAAGCUAAUUUCAUGAGUUGACUGAAGGAUAAAAGCACUGCUGUUGAUUUGUACUUAAAGUAGAUUUUCAAUGGUUUAUUUGAUGAGUUUUAGUCUUUAAUUGGGCCUUAAAUCUAAUUGUUAUACAUAUUUUACCCCGAAAGCAUCAGCAGCUUUUGAACCUUCUGCAAUUAAAGGAAAAGAUUCAGAUUAGAGUCAUUUCUGUGGUAUUUACCCAGUAUUUGGUUGUUUUUAAGCUUUUGCAUCAUUUAUCAGUCAGAAAAUGCUGAUAACAACGAUAACUGAUUUUUUUCAUUUCAAGCUAUUUAUUAGGUGCAUGAUAUUUUUGGAAUAUUCAGCCUUUUUGUCUAUAUUAAAGAUUUUAAAACCUUUGAUGCAUUAUUUAUGACCAUCUAAGUCAGGAUUUAUUUUCCCCUAAUUGCUUUCUUCUAAAUUUUGAUCAGUCCUUCAAAUGUCCUCAAGAAGAGACAAAAUACAUUUAGACUGUCAAAUAUUUACUUAACAAACAAAUGAUUAAUAUAUUCAUCUAAAUAUGCUAUAAUUCAUAAUAAAAGUGUCACUCCACACACAACCAGAAGAGGCAGGAGUGAUACACUAGAGUCCGGGGUACCGUCAGUUCAUAUAAGAUCUGGUGUAAAGAAAUUAGCAGUUACCUUUAAUAUCAAUAUUAUUAUUAUUUACAGCAUUGCAUUAAUAAAAAAAUAAGAAUGAAAAUUUCCUAAUAAAAGAAAAUGAUGUUGCUAUUUUCCUUGCAUAUUUUAUUUAACCAUCACUGGAGCAUAUUUCACAUCAUCAAAAACACCCAUUUUCAAACUCUACUUUGGUUUCACUUCCACAAAAAUCAGCGCAAGCGAGGACUUGAAACUGUCUAAUUAAAGACCUCCCUCCUCACCACACACCGCUGCUGAUCCCACAAGACAAGAUGCGUUUUUUUUAUGAAUAAAAUUAAGUCUACUCAAUGCUCUCCCAUCCCUCCCCCCUCCCUCACGUUCUCUCGCGCCCUAUAAAGCUGCAACAGCUGAUCUCGUGCAUCACAGAGAGCUGCAGCUCCAGAGGAGAGAAGAAAGGAGAGCGAAUCAGAGUUAGACUCAGGUGUGAUCUGGUACUCAUGGUCUUCCAGCUUCUGUUUUUAAACCAUCACAUCUUCAAGGAGAAUCAAGUAGAUGCUGUUUAUUAUCUUUGGACGAUCCUGUGAUGCUCAUCAGAUGUUUUUUUAGACUAAUUUAGCCCAGAUCAAUCACAUUUUCUACAUCUACUUUGACUCUCACCUAUAUGUGGACCUUUUUUUUUACAAUUUUGCCGAGAUUUUCCAAAAAUCCACUCCCAAACUGCUCUUUUUUUCACCUUUGUUCUGAUUGUGGCACGCGCUGAAAGGAAAAGAAGCGUCUGGUUGCGAGAGGAGCUGUCCGGUGCUGAAACCACGAGGCUGCACAGGGACCGUCUGAAGGAAACUCAAGCUCAGCAGGGGAGGCAGAAAACACCAAGAGAGAGAUUCUAAUGGAAAAUAAAACUAACUAGAUUGAGAUUUUAUUUUUUGUCCUUUUAGAGCUUGAUAAGUCUUCCAGUAACCGCAGAAUCCAAAAUUUUUGGACAGAAUUCAGGUAUUCUCUCAUCUUUGCAGAGAUUCCAGCAACUAAAAUAAGGAGAACAAGAGGAUUACUUCAUCAUUCAGAGCCAUGUUUCCAAUUUUAAUUAGAUAAAAAAAAGGAAACACAUGCUGAAAACCCUGCAGGUUCUCAUCACUAGAAGUUGUACUUGAGAGAAAACAGAAGCAGAGACGCUGUCCCAUCAUGCCUCGAUCUUUCUUAGUGAAGAAAGUCAAACUGGACGAUUUCUCAGCUGCUGAGCUGGAGAGCUCCUACAGUCACAGCCGGAGAGAAGAGCUCAGUCUGAGAUUCCAUCAUCAUGACAAAGAUUACGUGAGUGAUUACCUGAGUCCAAACCCUUAUGACGAUGUUGUGGGAAGUGACUCAUCAGUCAUCUCUAAAGUACCCUCCCCUAGCCAUUCCUCAAUUAUCUAUGGCCACAUUAACAACACCUACUCUGGUAUCCACGGUGACAUCCAUGGCGAUUCAGACCAGCCAGACAGUCCAAGGUCCGAGGUGUCGUCAUCAGCUGGUGGAUACAUCAAUGGAGACACAGCUGUUAGUGAAGGGUACACUGUCGAUGCGUUUUUCAUCAUGGAUGGACGAUCUCGAAGGAAAGCCACGGGAAACCAGAGGGGAGCCACCCAAAGGCACACCUGCAGCGAGUGUGGCAAAACCUACGCCACAUCCUCCAACCUGAGCCGACACAAGCAGACACACAGGAGCAUAGACAGCAAGAUGGCCAAGAAAUGCCCCACAUGUGGGAAAGUUUACGUCUCCAUGCCUGCCAUGGCUAUGCACCUGCUCACCCACGACCUCAAGCACAAGUGCGACGUGUGCGGCAAGGCCUUCAGCCGGCCGUGGCUGCUGCAGGGACACAUGCGUUCGCACACGGGAGAGAAACCGUUUGGCUGCGCUCACUGUGGGAAAGCGUUUGCCGACCGCUCGAACCUGCGUGCCCACAUGCAAACGCACUCAGCAUUUAAGCAUUACAAGUGCAAACGGUGCAACAAGACAUUUGCACUCAAGAGUUACCUGAACAAGCACUACGAGUCUGCGUGCUUUAAGGGGGCUUUCUCCCCCCUCAGCUCACUGAGCGAAUAACCCAACACAGGCUUUAUUUAUUUAUAGAACUUUAUUUAAUUCAAAUGUUGCUAAUUUUCUUUUGCUUCAGCUCUUUAAAAAAUACAACAAAGAGUUUUCUUUGCUAUGAUCAAGAAACUGACCGAAAACGUUCCCAUUAUUCCCGCUUAGAUGAGAUUCGCCUCCUAUUAGGAAGAUAAAUAAAGCACAUUUAGCCAGGCUUAUCCGAUAAGCUAUUUAUCAAUCCUUGUUUGUUUGUUUCUUUCUACCCGUGAGGACAUGACACAAAAGCACAAUUCCUCCAUCUCUCUGUCUUUUGUUUUGUGACAGAGUUAAAAGCAUCCAUCAGUUCUUCAGAAAACGUCUAGAUCUUGCUUUGAAGACAGCUAAUCCUGUGUUGGAGAGAUUUAAACAACUACAAUGAACUGUGAACUAAACAUAUACAAGCCUGCCAUAAGUUGGUAGCUUUUAGUAUUUGAGUACACACAAGUAGAGGUAAACGGUGUAUUUUUCAGACUUGGACUACUUAUGACAGCAUGAGAAAUAUGAAAUAGGACUAUCAGAGCUUCCGUUUGGCUCAGAAUUCAUACUGAGCCUCCGUUUUACGCCUUAGUUUCCACUAUUUCCGUACUGCUUAAAUUUCAUGUUUGUUUAAUUAUUCCUUUUUCCCCAAAAGGAUUUUAGACAUUAAAAUGUAUUUUAACUCUUUCCCAGUUUUAUAAAAGUGUUAAGUUGCCAUUAAGCAACUCAGAGUUUAGCUAUUUAUUGCCUAAUUUAAUAAUUUAUGGGGUUAUUUUGUAUUAUUUUGCACUUUAUUGCAAUUGUUUGCCUUUGUUACAAAUAUGCCAAAGCAUUUGACACUUUCUAAAUACCAACUACCUUUUUUAUGUUCGUCUGUCACUUUAUUCACACGAACUUUUGCAUGCAAAAAGACAAAAUAAAUGGCCUAAACAAUGGAAUCUAUGCCAACUUUAUGAAUUUUAGGGAUUAUUUGAUUUAUUCAACGGGCAAAUCAAGCAAAUUUUCAUCUUGGGCAAUAUUUCAUUCCCACCUGAGAGAGCAAUAAUGCAUGAAAUUGAAAGAAAAACUGCUUUUCCCCUAAAACGACAACAUGAAGUUGCUGGAAAUAAAAAUUUCAGGGAGUAAAUGAACAAAGUUAGUGUUAAAUAAUGAACGGGUCGAGUUUUGAGCUCUGGGUUAAGAGGAAUUGUGGCAUUUUGGACUUUUUUUCUGUGACUUUGGUGAUUAAGGGCGAACAUUUGUUGAAAGAUGAUGAAAGCAGAGACUGCAGGGUCAGUUUUCCAAUUUUUCAACCUCUGCUGCUUUUUAUGUAAAAAAUAAAAAGCCUGCUAGUUACAACGAUAUCAUGGCAUCAUUAGCUUAUCAAUGACAAUUACGUCUGUAUGAGCUAUUAGGAGCUGCUGGUGCUUCUGAGAUCCACUCAGAGCUCUGGGUGGGGUCGGGAUGAGUCGUUUUGUACAUGGUUUAUGCAUUGCCUGCCUCGUAUUAUUACUCUAAAAUAUCGUAGAAAGUAGAAGGUAGAUCUCUGGUGCUGAAACGUGGAUAAAAAGAUGAACCCAGAAUGUGAAAAGUAACUUUCUGACAGGCGUGGUGCUUAAAGAGGUCUCUGGAUUGACUCUAAAGGCAACAACACUCAUUAAAACCUCACAAUAUUGUUUUCAUUUGAAUCAUCUCUGGCUGUUACGAGUGUGUUGAGUGUGUAAUUAUAAAGACUGAGAACAUUUGGUCACUAUUUCAGCACCAGAGAGCAUCACUGAACACUAGUUUCUACUACUGUAGCCUACUAUAGCCACAAGCUAGUAUAACUAUAUAAAAGCACUUCUUGUAAUGAAUUAUAUCCUACAACGUUUCUUUUUUAUUUAUUUAUUAUUUAUUUUCCAAAAUAGUAGCACAAUGAAAAUGUUUAGAAUCAGGUAGAAAAUGCCUUGUAUGUAGAAAUACACAUUUUUUCUCAAUUUUCUAUAAUAAAAAUAAAAAAGGCAAAAACAACAAUGAUGCUGACACGACACAGGCUGUAUUGUCUUUACAUAACACAAGAAAAUAAAGAUAAAAAAACACUUCCAGUAUACAGAAAUGCUGUGCCAUUUUUAAAAAGAAAAAUAUUUGUGAAAGCAUCAACUCACCUUUUUUUAGAGAACAUGAGAAUGCGGCUAUUUUGUGGCUAAAGGCCUUGUACAUAAGAACUGAUGUGACUUUGGACUUGGAUAAUUUCUACUGAUCUGUACAGAGUGAAGAAGAUGAUGAUGGCGAUGAUGAUGAUGAUGAUGAUGAUGAUUAUUUUUGUCUGGAGCUUCCUGUUUUGAGUUCUUCCACUGAGGUUUUUCUGGACCUCUAGGCUGGUUUGAAAUGAUGUAAAGCACAAAAACAACACUGGGCAUUUUGUUUCACUUCCUAAAUAAAAACUACUUGGAAAAAAUA